AUGACGGGCGCCGUGUUGUGCACGAGCGCGGUUGACAAUACCGAAGUUCGGCAAUGCCAGGGGGAGAACUGUCGCCCUCCCGGCCCGGCCCCUUCGCCGGUGCCGAGCUUCCACUCACAUUGGGGGAACAGCGGGACCGGACAAGUGUCCCGGGGUUUCUGGGGGCCAAUCGAUGGCCCGGCAGCCGCCAACGCAUUGCGGGCAGUGGCUGCCCCCACGAGUGGGAGGAGGAAGAGGCAGAGGCUCGGACAACGGGGGGAGGCGGCAGCCACCGGUGCCGAACCGGCCAUGGAACGGGUUUCAGCACCUGAGGCAUCCUCGGCUGCUGGUGGUUCUACUACUACUGCUCCCGCUGGCAGUGCGACCACCGCGAUGGCGGGCCCGCCGCAGCGAGCUGAAGGGAGAGAGGAAGGGGAGACUCAGCCCCCGCCACGGGCCAAGGCCCAGGAUAGUAGCCGGACGGGCGGUGUGCCAGUCGUUGGCUCUUCCGCUCCGGCCGGCGCUGCUCCCGCUGCGGACGAGGAAGGUAAAGGUCGUGGCGCUUCCGGUGGUGGCGGUAGUGCGGCGGGCGGAGCGGCCUGUGGAGAGUGCCACCAGACAGAGACCUGGCGCGGUAGGCACGACUGCCACUGCAGCAUCUGCGGCAACAAGGGCAUCCUGGUGGGUGGCACGACCUUGUCAGUUGCCCGUGUCUACGGAAGACCCGAAGACCUGAUCAGCUGCGAUGGGUGCCCCAGAGCGUUCCACCGGCGUUGUCUUCCGGCUGGAACAGACAGCCAGCUCGCGGCGACUUUCCGAGCGCGGGUGGACGCGUGGUUCUGUUCACAUUGCACCAAGAUGGGGCGGACGAGUCUGGUUUACCAGCAAAAUCCGGAUUGGACGGUGGUGGCAACGGUAAGGGCGAGGGGAGAUGGGGCGCCCCUCUUCUUGGAAGACGUGAUUAGCACGUCCCACCCGCUCUUUGAUAUCAUCAAAGCAUGGGCACUGCAUGGGGACAAGGAGGUUCUGUCCAAGUACAGGGCGUUGGAAAAGAAUAAUCCGGCGGUGUUGCAGACGCGUCUCAACAACGAGGCGGAAGCGGCGGGCAGGGCGGCGGCGGGUAGGGCGCAAGCGGAGAUGAUGCGGCGGCCGUGCGAGGGCGCUACGAGUGCCAACGCAGGGGACUGGAUGCCUGUGAACGCCACGCCGGCCAGAGAUCUUCAGACCUCCAAGCCGGUGGUGCCUGUGUGCGAGCUGCUGUUGGCGGCGUACCAGUCGACGGGACUCGACGGAGAGACCGCAGGUAAUGGCCAGCUCACCUUCCAGCAACUCUUCGGCAAGAUAUCGCCUAACCGACUGCGCACGGGGGCAUCCGCUGUGGAGGGUUGCGGCGUGUUCGCCGCUGACAUUAUUCAGCCAAUGGAUGUAUUAGCCGAAUUUACAGGGGAGAGGAUCACGAGGACGGUGGCCCAACAGCGGGUAGUGGCCUACCGCAAGAUGGACUUCCACGUGUCGUCGCUGCGGCAGGGUUGUGUCGUUCAACUUGCGGGAGACUGCUACUUGGACUCGGUGACGGUCGGCCCGUUGGCGGAGGGCUGCUCCCCGCGCCUGUUCAACCACUCGUGCCAGGCGAACACGUACCUGCACACGGUGGCGGUCGGGCAGGGGCAGUCCCAGGAAAAGCGCGUGUUCGUGUGCUCCCUCAAGAGCAUCGAGGCAGGGCAGGAGCUUUUUCUCUCGUACCCCGCCCCGGGCACGGUCGGACUGGGGCCGGCGUAGUACCAGUGAGCACGGGCCGGGCUGGGCACAAGUAUUAUAGCAGGGCUAGACACGGGGGCAGUGACGUGGUGUUUUGGCAAGGCCCUUUUGCCAAUGGUACGUAUGUAUGUGUAUUUAGCUUCGAGCAGACCAGCAGCGGCGAUGGACUCGGCAGGAGGGGCGGGGCGGGGCACAAACACAACGACUAGAGAUAUGGGGGAGUUGAGUGAUGUUUUCAGGCUACAAAUUUUGCCAGAAUAGUUAAUUGUCACGAAGUACUUAUUAUUAUGGUUGCAUUUAAGAAAUACGCGAAGAAAAUAGGUUGGGGAAUGCGCCACUUGCACGUUACUCGAAGACUGAAAAACCUUUUUACGUUGGUUGUGUUGGUUGUUUGAUGAUCCCCACGUGAUGCAAGUGUUGUGUUUUUGUUUGACCUUGGAGCAGACCAUCGGCGGCGAUAGAAUCCGUAUGAAAGGAGGGGAGGAGCGGGGGGGGGCGCAAGUUUCAGGACUAAAGGCAAAAGGGGGAAGAAGACGGUGUUUGCCAGUGUUGUUGUGUGUUUGUUUUACCUUGGAGCAGACCAGCGGCGGCGAUAGAAUCCCUAUGGAAGGAGGGGAGGA